UUCCCGUCGUCUCUGCGUCGUCAGUUCCCAAUUUCUCAUUAGCUAGUGCGGCGCAACGCCAUCCAAAGUAAAGCCAGCUGCUUUCGGAAACUCUUGUCUGAUCAGCGGUGCUCAACCCAAUGACUUCCUGCUGGGUCUCUCGGUUGCCUCUGGCAGUUCUGCUGCUCGUGGCCACCUGCUCCUCCACGGCUGCUGCCUCCUCCUACACCGUCGGCGAUGGCUCCGGCUGGACCACCGGCGUCGACUACACCUCAUGGACCGCCUCCAAAACCUUCAAAGUCGGUGACAGCCUCGUGUUCAACUACGCGAAAGGGUUGCACACGGUGGUGGAGGUGAGCGCGGCGGAGUACAUGGCGUGCACGGCGGCGAAUCCGCUGGGAUCCGACAGCAGCGGCGCGACCACGGUGCCCCUCAAGACGCCCGGCACCCACUACUUCGUGUGCAGCAUCACGGGCCACUGCGGCGCCGGGAUGAAGCUCGCCGUGACCGUCGGCGGCUCCUCCUCCCCCGCCUCGCCGACCCCGACGACGACGCCGAGGACGUCCCCAACCCCUACCACGCCCUACACGACGCCGAUGCCGACGACCCCGACCACCACCACGCCGACGCCGUACACGACGCCGACGACCCCAACGUGCUCUGGAGGUGGCGGGGGAGGCACCACCGCAACCCCGGGCACGACGCCGUUCAUGUCGUACCCCAGCGCGGCCGGCCUCGGUUCGGCGUCGUUGGCCGGGUUUGGCCUGGUUUGUUGUAUGAUGUUCCAGCUAGUGCUGCUCUAGACACAAGGGCCAUGACCGACCAGGAUGGAGGCAGUGCUAGAUAUAGCUAAGCUAGGUCAUGUCUCCGGUGACGUGCUACUGAUGUGCUCGUUCUUUGUUACGGAUGUCCCCUUGGAUGAAGGAAACUGGUUUCGGCUCUGACUCGCGGUGCUGUCACUUUCGUUGAGCCAGUUGAA